AUGUCAAGAAGAACUUCAAACUUCGACUUGACAUCAUCUUCUCACAUCAACCCACCACACACUUACAACUACAACACAAGCCUAGGUCAAUCUAGCCUCAUGGUGAACCAAAAUGUUGGUUUAUGUGAUUCUAUCACUUACAUGAACCGUAGGCCCACCUAUGAUCUGAGUCACACCGAAUCCAACUUCUUGCCUACGGAGUUUUCGAAUGGUAUGUUGCCUUUAAUGGAGGAGCCAAGGAGAAGCAUUUUCGAGACAUCUUCAGAGUUUCAAGCUCCUAGGUUUGGGCAAUACGGUACAACAAGCGAGGGUUUGGGCAUGAACUCUAAUCUUAGUACGGAGAUUGUGGGUAGUAAUUACAAUGGGAACAGAAUAAGUGAAUAUGGAAAUUUGCUUGGAUCUGGUCGAGUAAGAGUUAACGGUUAUGAUGAUGGCUCUCUUGGUGGAGUAAAAGUCCAUGGUACUAGUAAUGCCAAUGAUAAUGGUAAUGGCUCUCCUGGUGGAGUCAGAGUUCAUGCUACUGAUACUGAGAAUGGAAAUGGCUCUUCUAGUGGAAUAAGAGUCUUUGGCAGUAGCUCUUCUGGUGGAAGAAGAGUCUUGGAUGAUGGCUCUCUUGGUGGAGUAAAAGUCCAUGGUACUAGUAAUGCCAACGAUAAUGAUAAUGGCUCGCUUGGUGGAGUAAGAGUUCGUGCUACUGAUGUUGAGAAUGGAAAUGGCUCUUCUGGGGGAAUAAGAGUCUUUGGUAAUGGCUCUUCUGGUAAAAGAAAAGUCGUCUUUGAUUAUGGCUCUUUUAGUGGGAUGAGUUUUCAUGAUACUGAUUCUCUUGGAGGAAUAAGAAUUCCUGAUUCUGGUAGUGGUUCUAGUAAUGGCAAUGUCAACGGCUCUGUUGGUGGAACUAGACUUCAUGGUAGUGGUAAUGCUGAUGGAUCUCUUGGUGAAAAUGUGGUUGGCCAAAAUUGGAAUCCCAAUAACAACAUCAGCAACCAUGGAAGCUCAACUUCGAGGUCUCCUUCUGCAUCGUUAUCGUCGUUCUUGGAGGAGAGGGAUCAGUCACAUGACAAUUUCGUUGCGCAAACUGAUGAUGUAGUUCCCGUACAAGAAAAUCCCAGCAUGUUAAAUGAUCAUCAUGGCCCUAAUGAGGGUUUUUCCAAUACAGUCAACUCACAAUUUGAUCAGAAUCAGUUUCAAGAUGAAGUGACGGGUAUAAAUUUUGGGGAGCCUACUGAUCAUGAUCUUCUUGAAUUGGAGGCAAUGCUUUCUGCUCAUCCUGUUGAAGACAUUGAUACCUCGAGUUUUAAUAAUGGUGACUUUACUGGAAACCAGUUGAACUCUAAUGCUGCUCAUCCUCUUGAAGACAUUGAUACCUUGAGUUUUAAUAAUGGUGACUUUACUGGAAACCAAUGGAACCCUAAUGCUGCUUAUUCGGAAAUGGAUUUUCUUCUCCAAGAUAUGAACACUGGAAAUCACGGUAACCGUAAUGAAGAAUUCUUGAACUCUAUGGCUGUCAAUCCGGAAAUAUAUUUUCCUCCUCAAGACAUGAACAUUACAAAUCAGGGCAACGAAGAGUUAUUGAACUCUAUGGCUGUCAAUACGGAAGUGAAUUUUCCUCCUCAAGACAUCAACAUUACAAAUCAAGGUUACUACAGUGAAGAAAUGUUGAACUAUGAUAAUGCUGCUAGUUCGUUUACGUUUCCUCCUUGGCCCAUGAACACUAUGAAUCACGGCGACUUUGAUAUAGAACCAUUGAUUGCUGAUACUUCAGAAAUGUAUUUUUCUCCUCCGGACAUGAACAUUACAAAUCAGGACCGUGGUGUUGCGGAUUUGGCGGACCCUCCACUGUCAUUCCUUCAGGAUCCAUACGCUGAAGGGGACAACUAUUUGCUCGAGCAUGUAGUAAAUCCGAUAAGAAAGCCCAAAUUCGCUUAA